AUGCCAUCCGACCCCGCAAAGCUGCGCUAUGGCGGGUUCCCCGAUCUCCCCGUCGCGCCGUACGAGGAGGCGUACGACUCGCUGAACAACGGCUUCGUCGCGCGCGUGCUGGACGCCGACGACCCGGCGCUCUUGGACCCCAAGGCGAACAUUGGGUGCGCGUACCGCCCCGGCGGGGGGGCGGACAUGGUCGAGCUGCCGCGGCCUGUCGCGGCGGCGGGCGAGGUCAUCAUCCACGUGCAGCAGAGCGGCAUCUGCGGCUCCGACCUCCACAUGUUCCGCCACGGCGCGAACGGCUCGUGCGUCGUCACGAAGCAUACCUGCGCCGGGCACGAGUCGGCCGGCGAGGUCGUCGAGCUCGGCGAGGGCGUCGACACGCUCAAGGUCGGCGACCGCGUCGCGAUCGAGUGCUGCCUGCCGUGCCUGUCGCCCGCGUGCGGGCCGUGCAUUGAGGGGAGGUACAACCUGUGCCCCAGAAUCGCGUUCUUGUCCGCCGCACCGUUCCACGGCACGCUGGCGCGCUACGUCCGCCACCCGGCCGCGUGGGUGCACAAGCUGCCGGACAACGUGUCGACCGAGGAGGGCAGCCUGUGCGAGCCGCUCGUCGUGGUGCUGGCUGCGCUCGACCGCGCCGGCGUGAAGCUGGGGGACAGUGUGCUGAUCUGCGGCGCUGGCCCCAUCGGCAUCAUGGCCCUGCUCGCGGCUCGCGCGGCGGGGUGCGAGCCCAUCACGAUCACGGACCUCGUGGCGAGCCGACUCGAGUUUGCGAAGAAGCUCGUACCCUCCGUCAAGACGGUGCUCGUCGAGCGCGGCGAGGACGCUGGCGAGGUUGCGAAGCGCGCGCGCGCGGCUGCGGGCGGCGUGCCGGCGCGCGUCGCGCUCGAGGCGACAGGGUUCGAGAGCAGUAUCCACGCGGCGAUCUACGGCGUCGACCACGGCGGCAAGGUCUACGUCCUCGGCAUGGGGGCCGCGAUGCAGACCGUCCCGUUCACGUACCUCCAGUGGCGCGAGAUCGACCUCCAGUACCAGUAUCUCUACGCGAACCAGUACCCCAAGGCCAUCCGCCUCGUGGCUGGCGGCCUGGUGGACGUCGGGCCGCUCGUCACGCACCGCUUCCCUCUCAAGGACGCGCUCAAGGCGUUCGAGGUGGCCUUGGACCCCGCGCACGGCGCGAUCAAGGUCCAGAUCCAGGACUAG